AUGUAUCAAAGUGAUGCAAGAAAAAAUAGAAGUAUUUAUGUAAUUUUGGAUUAGCCAAUUAGUCCUCAUUCAAUAGAAUUGAUUCUUUACUUGAUUAGAGUUUGGAUGAUAUUGAAAAGAUGUUUAAUUAAAGAUUCCAAUAAUAAUAAGAAUCAAGAAACUAUUAAUAACAUAAUUCAUUACCUGAAUUGUUAAUACCAAAUAUAAACAAUAAAUAAUUUAAUAAUUAAUUGAUCCCUUAAAUAGCAUCUUUAAUCAAAGUUUAUAUUCAAAAUCAAGUAAAAAAGAAAGAAGAAGGUCUUAAUUAAGAAUUUAUAAAUUAAUGCAAUUUAAUUUAAUAAAAAGAAAACAUUCAAAAGCAAUCACUUGAAGAAAUAAUCAAAUUCAAAGAAAAUUAAUUAUAAUUUCAAUAAUAAUAAAUUAACUAAAUUUUAAAUUAAUAAAUAUCUCCUUAAUUAAUAUUUAAACCAUUCAAUUAUCAAUUGUGAUAGAAUAAUUCAAUUCAAUAUCAUAAUGAAUUUUAUGCAAUAGAUAUUAAUAAAGAUUGUUCAAUUGUAAUAGCUGGAUGUAAUAGUUAUAUUGAAGUAUUUGAAUUUAAAUAAGAAGUGUUGAAACAAACUCAACUUCUGAGAGAACAUUAAGAUGAUGUAAAUACUUUAAAGUUUAUGAAUAAAUCUAAUCACUUUAUAUCUGGAAGUCAAGAUAAUUCAAUCAUAAUAUGGUCGAUGAAUCAAAACAAUUAAUGGAUUAACUAAUAGAAAUUAAAUGGACAUUGUGGAACAAUAUUUUGUUUAAUUUUGAAUAAUAAUGAAGAUUUGAUCAUUUCAGGUAGUAGUGAUAAGACUAUUAAAUUUUGGAUAAAGUAGAAUCAAUAAUGGCUAUGUUAAUAAACUAUCACAGAUCAUACUAGUAGUGUAUAUGGAUUAAGUAUAAAUUAACAAUAGAAUAAAGUGAUUUCAUGUGGAUAUGAUAAUUAAAUAUUAAUAAUAGAACAAUCAUAAUAGGAUUCUAAAUGGAUUGUAAUCUAAAAGAUAAAGGUUGAAACACAUGGUAAGAGAAUAUGCUUUAUAAAUGAUAAUGUAUUCAUAUUUUAACCAAAUUGUAAAGAAUAAAUGCAUGUUUAUGAAAUGAAUAAUACUAAUAAAUAGUAUUUAAAGACAAAAGAUAUUCUUGUUAAAGGUGGUGGAAGUGAUAAUUGUUUAUUUCCUUAAUAGUAUAUAAAAUCAAAAUGCUUGGUUGUAAAUAAAAAUGGAAAGUAUGUGAAUUUGAUAAGGACAAAGGAAAAUGGAGAGUUUAAAACUGAAUAAUCCAUUGAAUUUGGAAAUUAUAAUUUAUAUGGAUGUAUGAGUGAUGAUGGGUAGUAUUUAAUAACUUGGGAUAGAGGUUCAUAUGAAAUUCAGAUUAGAAAAUACAAUGAAAUAUGA